UGGUUAUCUUGAGUCUAUACCGAAAGGACACGAUGAAGGAUUUCAGUUGUAGCUAUUUAAAUCCAGUGACGCUGUUCAUCCAGCCUCCAGAGAAGAAGUCAUAACUGAACUUGCAGAAUAUGCUCUCAAUUGGCAGCCAUUUAUCACUUUUCUAAACAAAAUCCAAACCAUGUCAGCCUCAGAUUCACGUCCCAGCAUCGCCAUCAUUGGUGGAGGGCCAUCCGGUCUCUGUCUUGGCGUUCUCCUCCAUAAACAUGGGGUUCCAUUCACACUCUACGAACUUCGGGAUAAACCCGAUGACUCGACUCUUCUGACGCCAUCCGGCAUGCUAGAUCUUCAUCAAGAGUCUGGACUGGCAGCCAUCCGCGCCUGUGGUCUGUGGGAAGACUUCCAGAAGCAUAUCCUUGACUGCAGUGAAGAGCUCAUCGUCAUGAAUAAGCAUGCCCGGGUAACUCAUAGAGAUAGUGGAGGCUCAGGGCCACAAAGCCGCCCCGAAAUUGCGCGAAACACACUCACGCACUUGUUGCUCGAAUCCAUACCUGCCGAGAGUAUAAGAUGGGAGUGCAAGCUGCUGAGCGCAAGCCGAACAUCUACAAACCGGAUUUCCCUUGAUUUCGGUGCCAAAGGAAUCCUUGAGCACGAUUUCGUGGUGGGCGCAGAUGGGGCUUGGUCUAAGAUUCGCAAUCUUAUAACAACAGUCCAGCCUUACUACGGUGGCAACCAAUAUCUGACGUUAGACAUCCUUAACGCUACGACUCGCUAUCCUGCGUUGUCUACCCUGGUCGGCACUGGCUCGUGCUUCAUUCUCGGCAGUAAAAAGGGUGUUGUAAGCCAUCGUGGGGUACAAGACUCCAUUCGCCUUUAUGUUGGAGUCUCGACAGAAGAUGAAACUCCAUUUUGCGCACCUUCGGCAGACCUGGAAGCCGGCAGCUUGAAAAGGGCGUUGGUGGACAGUUCAGAUCUUUUUGGUACCUGGAGUGAGCAAGUCAAGGAUCUCAUUUCCACUGCCGUCGAUGAGACGCUGGUCACAGCAAACGCGACUCAGUUGUCCGAGCCAAAGCCACUGUACAUGCUCCCCAUUGGCCAUACAUGGGAAGCACAACCGGGUGUUGCUAUCAUUGGUGAUGCAGCUCAUUUGAUGAUGCCAUGGGCAGGGGAAGGUGUCAACCUUGCAUUAUGGGACUCGUUGGAUCUUGCGAAUACCAUCAUCCAAUCGUGGGAUAAGGCCGAGGAUGCUGCAGAGUUUCAACAGAUCGUGACACCUCUGGUCUCGGAAUUUGACAAAAAGAUGUUUGAAAGAUCUAAACGAGCAGCAGAAGAGACGUGGAAAAACUCCAAGAUGCUAUUUUCUGACGAUGGAGCGCAGGCAAUGGCUGAUAUGAUGGCAGCAUUUCAGCAAAUGGCAUCAUGAUUUUGGCAAAGGAGGCCGGAUCUGGUUAUUUCAAGUCUACCAUCGCAUUACAGAGAUAUCUCCUAUUAGUAAAUUAUGUAUAUUAGUAUAAUGAAUAAUUCUUCACUUUGUCAUUUAUUCAUC